AUGAUUUUCAUUCGUCAUCAUCUACAUGAAGGAUUAAAAGUGGAAUAUCUCACUGUGAAAGACCCUCAUGAGUUGUGGAAAAAUUUGAAAGAAAGAUUUGACCAUCAUAAAAAGGUGAUCCUCCCUAAAGCUCGUUAUGAUUGGAUGCACUUACGGCUGCAAGAUUUUAAGACUGUAAGUGAAUGCAAUUUAGAACUUUUCAAAAUUAGUUCUCAACUAAAAUUAUGUGUGGAGAACAUAACUGAUAAGGAUUUGUUAGAGAAAACCUUUUCAACCUUUCAUGCUACUAAUGUGCUCCUGCAACAGCAAUACCGUGAAAAAGGUUUUAAAAAAUAUUCUAAAUUGAUUUCAUGCCUUUUAGUGGCUGAACAAAAUAAUGAGUUGUUGAUGAAAAAUCAUGGAAUUCAUCCCACUGGUAUUGCACCACUCCUUGAAGUGAAUGCUGCAGUACACAGUAAAUAUGGAGAUGAAAAAUAUAAAGGUCAUGAUCGUGGUCGUGGUCGUGGACGUAGUAGGGGACGUGGUCGAGGACGUACUAGUAAUCGCUAUCAUGGUGUUCAUAAUAGUGGCAUUUCUAACCACCAGAAAAAGAAUAGCAAUGAAGGACAAGAAAGAAGUGGUCAAAAUAAUCCUUCAAAGGUUAUUGAGAAUUUAUGUUACUGA